GUCAAAAUAUUAUUGUAGUCAAAUGUCAUAUGCCUCUAGAGUGACCACCUACAGCAAUAUCCAAAAAGGAAACUAUCCUUUUUGCCUUUAUAAAACAAUAUGCUUAACUUUAUCUGAAGGUGCACAAAGGGCCUCGAUCAGUGGCCCUAACCGGGGAGUUUCUUACAGGAGCUAUGCGAUCAUAGCUGCUGCUUAGCGGCUUGCACAUGAAUUUGGUUCGGCCUUUCUCAUCCUGUGUGGAGCUUCUUCGUCACAGUAUUCCGGCUGCCCAUCUGAUAUAGCUUGCCAGUCACCUGUCCCUGCUGUCACAAUGAGCUCCCGCCAGUGUAAAAACUGCGGCGGCGCGGAGAUAGAUAUCGAUCAGGCCAGGGGCAGUGCUGUCUGCACGGGUUGCGGUUCGGUGUUAGAGGACAACAUCAUCGUAUCCGAGGUCCAGUUUGUGGAGAAUAGUGGCGGGGGCUCUUCGGCCGUGGGGCAGUUCGUCUCUGCUGAUGGUACAGGGAAGGCCCCAGUCCUGGGAAGCGGGUUCCUCACCAGCCUGGGAAAGGAGUCACGCGCUCAGACGCUGCAGAAUGGGAAACGGCAGAUCCACAAUCUGGGAAACCAGCUGCAGUUGAACCAGCACUGCCUGGACACUGCCUUCAACUUCUUCAAGAUGGCGGUGAGCAAGCACCUGACACGGGGGAGGAAGAUGGCCCAUGUGAUCGCCGCCUGCCUGUACCUGGUGUGCCGGACGGAGGGCACCCCCCACAUGCUCCUGGACCUGAGCGAUCUCUUACAGGUGAAUGUCUACAUUCUGGGCAGAACCUUCCUCCUAUUGGCCAGAGAGCUGUGCAUCAAUGCCCCAGCAAUAGAUCCCUGUCUCUACAUCCCCCGCUUCGCACACAUGCUGGAGUUCGGGGAGAAGAACCACGAGGUCUCCAUGACUGCGCUGCGGCUGCUGCAGCGGAUGAAGAGGGACUGGAUGCACACGGGCCGCCGACCCUCUGGCCUCUGCGGGGCAGCCCUGCUGGUGGCUGCCCGCAUGCAUGAUUUCCGUCGCACGGUGAAGGAUGUCAUCGGAGUGGUGAAGGUGUGCGAGGCCACGCUGAGGAAGAGGCUGACAGAAUUUGAGGACACGCCUACUAGUCAGCUGACCAUUGACGAGUUCAUGAAGGUGGACCUGGAGCAAGAGUGCGAUCCGCCCGCUUUCACCGCCGGUCAGAAGAAGCUGAGGCUUCAGCAGCUUGAGCAAGAAUUGGCCAAGAAGCUUGAUGAAGUUCAAGGGAACUUUCACACUUGUGAGAUCAGCUGUUACCAGGAUGAGAUUGAGACAGAGCUGGAGAACAGCCGACCCAGGCUCCGAGGAAUCUACGCCUCAUACGCAAGAGACGACUCUCAGGACGAUGCUGUCUCCCUGGCAUCCGGUUUCUCCGGCAAUCAGGAUGGUGAGGAUGAGGAGCUGGUGGCUGCCGCUGAGCACCUGAACAGUGAAUUCCUCAGCACAUUGCCCCCAGGGGUGGCUGAUGAAGGGACGGCGCUGGAACAGGGACAGGCAUCGGUGGAGGAGACCACACCACAAAAACAGCGUCCCCUGGUGUCCCUGUUAGGCCCCCUACCUACAACCGCCAGCCUGGGCCUCACUGAGUCCAUCAGAGAAUGCAUUGAGGAGGAGAGGGAGAACGAGGGAGGGUCAGAGAAUGGAGAGCUGGACCUGGAAGGCAUCGACGAGGAAGAGAUCGAGAGGUAUAUUCUGAAUGACAGAGAGGUGACGAUUAAGACGGAGCUGUGGAUGAAGCAGAACGAGGAGUAUCUGAGAGAGCAGAAAGAGAAGGAAGAGAGGAUAGCCAAAGAAAAGGAACUGGGAAUCUACAAGGAACAGAAGCCCAAGAAGCCAUCGAAGAGGCGGGAGCCAAUACAGGCCAGCACGGCAGGCGAGGCCAUCGAGAAGAUGCUGGAGCAGAAGAAGAUCUCCAGCAAGAUCAACUACGAAGUGCUGCGCGACCUCAACAGCAGCAGCAGCAGCAGCCCCUCCCGGAAGCCAGACAACGCCCCCCCGAAGGCUGCAGGGGGAAAGAGGCUGCCCGCCUGCAAGCCCAGCGAGGGUGUCACAAAAGCAGGGGGGGCGAAGAGGCUACUGGGCCGCCGGAAACGGGCCAGCAAUCACCGCAGCCUGGCUGCUCAUGUUAGCAGCGUAGCCAAGAGGCUCCGUCCACUGAUAUCUGCCCAGACCAAUAAGAAGCCUGCUGUCGAUCAGGCUCACCUUGCCGCACCCUCGCUAGCUCCCCAAACCCCGCCCCCCGGACCCUCCCCGCUCACCCUCGCCGUGGCUGUGGUGGAGAGCGGGCCGGUGGUGUAUGAAGAAGAGGUGGAGGAGGAGGAAGAGGAAGCCGAGGAACCCUGUGUUAGUGCCAUGAAGCUCAUCGGAGGCAACGAUUACGGGCAUGAAGCAGAAGAGGACGAUGAUGGACUAUAAACUCUGUCCCCUGCCCCUCAAUGCACCGGCUGUCCCCCCUCUCUGACUAUGGUGGGGCAGAUUGUGGAGUGUUGGGGCCAGAAGGGCUGGGGGGUUGACGGGGUGCUCUGUGCGCAGGAUGUCUUGUAGGAAAGCUGUGUGCUUCAGGGCUGGAGAAGAACUAGUACCACUCUGCAGGGGCUGUGGAAUAUAGCCCCGCUGCACUGGAAAUACAGGAGGGGGAGGAGGAGGGGCCUGGGAAGGGAGUGGGACUGAACACUGUAGGGGGUGGGAAUGGAGGCGUGGUCACGCUAUUUUAACACCAGCACUACAGACGAAUACGAGCAACAGCAAGAGACUAAAAACCCAAACAGCGGCUUGAAUUGUGUGUCAUGCUCUUUGCUGGAGACGCAAGACCACAAAUAAGAUACCACUGUGGCAAUGUUGCUGUGGCCUCCUUAGUAAGGGCAGAAACAGUUCUUCUCUGGGGGCUCGCCCUGCGGUGCGCACAAACAGGGAGGGAAAAGGAGUUUUGGGAAAAAAGCUGCAGCCCUCUCUCAUUUACCUGUGCUGACAAAAUGCCUCAUUUGUCACACCUCAUGAAGAAAGCUCUAAAGUGGAUGGAGCAAAACUAAGAGUGGGCGUGGUCUGAUUGCACACCCUACCAGCAAGGAUACACCCCCUUUUGGUCUCAUUGUUCUACUACUGCCUUAUUGGUGCUGUAUGUUAAUGUAUAACAAUGUUCCUUACAGGUGAGAGUCAAAACGUGCACAACAGUAACAGCAGGGCAGUGGAUUCCAGUGGAUUUGUGUUUUGAAUAAGGGGUAACAGCUUUAGAUUCUUAAACUCCUUUAGAGAAGAAGCAUUACAAUGCAUUACAAUGCCAGCAGCAGGAGAGUAGCUGUUAAAUCCUACUGUCCAUAUGAAGCACAAACAAGUGCUCUCCCACCCACUGCAACUCGGCCAGUGCUUCUAUUUGAUCCUUGUCAGACUCUACAAACUGUUAUACACUGCUCU